AUGGCAGUCUCGUUCAGGAAGUCAGAGCCUUUGAAGAAUGUGACGAACAGGAUUGGGAGAAAAGAGGAAAAGCAGGCGUUUCCAUUGACAAAGAUGGAAGAAGUUAUAUACAAGCAGCAGAAAAUAGCAGAGGCUUCCCAAAUAGUUAUGGUGGACAAGUAUUCUGAUGAUAUUUUUGAAUACUUCUCUAAAAUCGACAAACCAUUCGUAUAUGUUAAUGAUGGAGUAUCAUGGAAAAUGAGGAGUCUUCUCGUGGACUGGAUUAUAGAUAUCCACGACAAACUUGGACUCUGCCAUGACACUCUUUUUCUUGCAAUCAAUCUCAUUGAUAGGUUUCUCUCCAUGAGAUCAAUCCCGAGCUCGAAGCUUCAGCUAGUAGGGAUUUCUGCGCUAAUGAUAGCAUGCAAGUAUGAAGAGGUCGUGUGCCCUGCUCUCCAAACAUUUGUUCUGCUAACAGAGAAGACGUUGACCGGAGAAGACGUAAGAAAGGCAGAAAAGUACAUGCUACACACCCUCAACUACGACCUACAAUAUGUGUCGCCGCUCAACUUUCUUAGAAAGUGUUCCAAGGCCAACAAUUAUGAGAUCAACAGUAGAGCAGUUGGAAAGUAUCUAUUGGAGCUUAUGACUCUUUACGAAGAGUUCUUGAAAUUUAAGGGAUCGGUAAGGGCAGCAGCAGCAAUGUACCUCUCAAGAAAGAUGACAUCCCAGGACCAUUGCAAGAACUUGUUCCUCAUGUACUCUGGGCAUGCAAAAGAUGAUAUAAAGGAAUGCUUUAAUGCUCUUAUUCGUGUCAUAAGCGAAAACAUUCCGUUUGAAAACAUACAGAACAAAUACAACACCCCGAAAUUCUUGCACGUGUCAUCUUUUGUUAAAAAGUAUGCCGAGAAAAACUUUAAAUAG